CUGUCCCCCCCCCAGUAGGUCCUCCUCUCCUCUUGCCCUAAACAAGAGCUCUCUCAAACAAGCACUCUCCUGUAUCCAAAUCAGCACAGAAGCCAGAGAGAGUUUCCUUAGUCUUCUUCUUCUUCUUCUUCUUCUUCUGAAUUAAGUUGCUCUGAGAUAAUUUAGAUAUCUUGGUUUCAACGCACUUGUGCAACCCCUCGGCUGCGCUCCGCGUUCGUCUUCUCAAUUCCCUCCAAAAUCUUACGGGCCUCUAAUUUGCUCCCUUGACCGCCAUGGCUGCGGUUAGAGGCACAAUUGCAUUUCGGAACUUGAAGCCCCCGGUCUCGGAUGAAACUUUACAGGUCUUGGACUCCUUCGGAUUCCACACAGCCACCCCUGUUCAAGCCUCCACCAUACCGUUGUUGAGUACCUAUAAGGACGUUGCUGUGGAUGCUGCUACGGGAUCCGGAAAAACGCUUGCAUUUUUGGUACCCAUGGUAGAGAUUCUGAGGCGCUUGACCGAUCCCCUCAAAGCUUUUCAGGUUGGUGCUGUAAUUGUGUCUCCUACUCGGGAGUUAGCGUCGCAAAUUUAUCAUGUAUUAGGACCAUUCUUGACGACAUUACGUGGCGUACAAGCGAUGCUUUUAGUAGGUGGAACUGAUGUUACCGCUGAGGUUGCAAAGCUGAAGCAGACUGGUGCGAAUGUGCUCAUCGGAACCCCUGGACGAUUGUAUGACAUUAUGGAGCGCGUUACUGCUCUGGAUUUCAAGAACCUCGAGGUUUUGAUUUUAGAUGAAGCGGACAGGCUUCUGGACAUGGGAUUUCAAAGGCAAUUGACAGCAAUUUUAGGCCAUUUACCCAAGCAGCGUCGAACGGGUCUGUUUUCUGCCACGCAGACAGAAGCUGUCGUGGAACUAGCGCGGGCUGGGUUACGGAAUCCUGUCCGUGUGGAAGUGCGCACUCAGGCUAAGGCACAAGCUGCAGAUACAGAGUCCUUUCAGUCUAAAACACCCAGCGGCCUUACUUUGCAGUAUCUCAUAUGUGAAGGAGACGAGAAGCCGUCACAACUGGUGCAUUUCUUAUGUCAGCAUCGGCAAAAUAAAAUCAUACUGUACUUUAUGACGUGUGCUUGUGUUGACUACUGGGCUAUCAUGCUCCCUCAAUUGGAGUCUCUGUCGGGCCUACAAGCUGUUGCGCUUCAUGGAAAGAUGAAACAGGCAGCUCGAGAGAAAGCACUUGCAAUGUUUUCUGGGAUGACAGCAGGUUUGCUGGUGUGUACCGAUGUGGCUGCAAGGGGUCUUGAUAUUCCAGGUGUCGAUUGGAUCAUCCAGUAUGAUCCUCCACAAGACCCAAAUGUGUUUGUUCAUCGUGUGGGUAGAACUGCUCGAAUGGGUCAGUCUGGUGACGCGCUUGUGUUUCUUUUACCGAAGGAAGAUGCAUAUGUGGAGUUCCUACGUAUUCGAAAAGUGCCUAUAGAAGAGAGGCCGAAAUGCAGUUCAGUUCCCAACAUUGUGUCUGUGUUGCGUGGAGCUGCCGCUAAAGACAGGGACAUCAUGGAAAAAGGAUUACGGGCUUUUGUAUCUUACAUACGAGCUUACAAAGAGCAUCAUUGCACUUUCAUAUUUAAAUGGAAGCAACUGGAGGCAGGGCUGGCAGCCAUGGGGUUUGGACUUUUGCAGCUGCCAUCCAUGCCUGAGCUAAAGAGAAAUGUGCUGUCAAUAGCGGGGUUUCAACCUGCCAAAGGAAUCGAUGUGUCUUCUAUAGCAUUUAAGGAAAAAGCCAGAGAAAAGCAGCGUCAAAAGAAUCUGGCAAAUAAACCACCACGACAGCCUAGGGAACCAGAGCCAGACCGUGCACCUAAGAAGGAGCGAAAAGAGACAGCUGAAAAGCGACGCUUACACCAAAAGGUAGAGGAUGACGAAGAAAUGAACCGGGAGUACCGACUUCUGAAAAAGUUGAAGAAGGGUACUUUGUCCGAGUCGGAGUAUGAGCAGGUCAUGAGCAUGCCAGAUAUGCAAUUAGUAGAACCUAGUAGUAAUGUUGAUGAAGUACAAGAUAGUACCCAUUUGAAUGGUAGGGGAAGUGAUUCUAAAUUAUCUAAAAGAUUCGCACGAUCAACUAGUAGGUCUCAAAGUAAGUUCAAGAACAGGUCAGUUGCUAGUACUUCCAAGAAGCGGCAAGCAUAGAAGAACGAUUGUAUUUCCGCUCUAUAUCGGCAUGGAAGAACUAUUUAAACAUUGAUUUGGCUGCA